UCUUGGCGGGGCAAGAUCACCAUGAGCUUUCAGAGUUACCUGGGAAUUUUGGUCUUGGCAUUGCUUGCCCCUUCAGCGAUAAAAGCCUAUGGAGAUCAAAGUCGCUAUAGAUUGUUUUUACAGUCGGAUCAGGCCCUGAAAACCAUAAGCUCUCAGCUGGUUUCCCAGGCAAUUGAACUGGUGGACUAUGUAGUGGAAGAUCUUCUGGUCUUGGACUCCCAGAACUCGGUUCUCCUGGGGUAUUUGGAUCGUUUUGAUGCCUUUACAGCCGUAAAUGAGAGUUACACAGAGGAGAAGCUGAAUGCCUUUUACGGCGUGGUAGAGGACUAUCUCGACUCGGAUACCACAGGAGAUCCCCUGAGAACCUCCAGCAUUGAGACCCAGUUGCUUGCCCUCUGCCUGCAGCGCAAUGGAUUCGAUCGCUGGAAGCGAACUGCCCAAACCAGAACCGCCCAACUUCAGAAGUUGGUUUACAGAAAGCUGAAGAAACACCUGGAAUCCAUUGAUAGAGAGGAUCGCUUGGUCGUGGAGCGCCGCUGGAGAAGGAUCCUGACUCGCGGAGGACCCCGAAGAUUGGAGAAGCUCAGGGAGUUCGUCAAAUGGCUGGGCAGGUUCAGAGACUAGUGGGUGACGAUCCCAGGUGAACGACUUUUAAGACUUUAAGAUAGGCCAUUAGGUGAUAAGAAGAGUUGUGGGUAAACAUUGUAUGUGGGUGGGUGAAACAAACCGACGAUCGCGGUGUAAUAACCGACCAUGACCUUGAGCUCAGGAAGCAACCCACUUUUGUGCAACAAUAAAUUAUUUAUGAAACCUAUCUAUCAAGUGCUUAAUCUGACGAAAACCGGAGACAAAGAAAAUAC